AUGUUUGAAAAAAAUAAGGAAUUGUUGAAGCGUUAUUGGUCAAAUGAAGAUUCAUUAAACGAAGACAAAUAUAACAAUAUGGAUACAAGUUUUCAAAAUAAAAAAAGAUGUAUUGAUUUAACAGAAGAGUCCCCAAAUGGGCUGAAAACUGAAAGAUCAUCAGUUAUCCAGGUUCCUUGUUCAUCACCAAUAGCAUUUUCGUCAUUUUUGCCGAAGAAUAUAGAAAUCAAAAAAGAUAUAGAUAAUUUAACAUCAUCGGAAGAAGAGGAAAAAAAAGAUUUGAUAAGGAAAACAAACUUUGUUCCUGAAACAGUGAAGACAAAUCUAUCUGAAUAUAGUAAAAAAAGUGAACAUCCAACUUUGAAGAAAACAUUUGAAUCUAUUCAAAAUCAAGAUGAAGAUGUAAUAACUGUUAUUGAAGAAUCUCCUAUGGGUAAAUUUAAAGAAUAUAUGUCUAAAUUUCGCUAUGGUGUACAUGAAGACACGCGUUUUAUUUCAAAUCAACAAUUCCAAUCAUCGAAUACAUCUAGUUUGUUUACAAAUCCAAUAUCUAAUAUACAAAUGGAAAAAAAAAAACUUUUUGCAAACAAUGCGGAAAAAAAUGUAAAUAGGAAUGCAUCAUUCCAAGAAAAAAUGAGUUUUUUAAAAAAAAUUUACCCGCAUUUACCAUAUUAUGUUCUUGAAAACAUGAUAAACUCAACAAAAUUUGAAAAUAUAGAUGAAAUUGUAAAUUUUGACAACAUAGAUAUUACGAAUCUAGAAACACCAAUAGUGGAUACGCAUGAAAAAACGUCAUCAAAAAGAACUUUGCAACAUCCUCGUUAUACUAUUAGAGAAAAACAUAUCAAUUCUACACAAAAUCAAAAAUAUAUCACACCAGUUAAUCGUGAAAACAAAAUUGUUCAAAAGAAAAGACUUAUUAGAGGUAUAUCUCGUACGAAAAAUAAAGAAAAAGAAGAUUUUUCUGUAUCAGAUGAUUCUUCAGUAUCCGAUGAAAAAAUAAAUUACAACAAUGAACUAGAAGAAGAUGUAUUAAAUUUUUUAAAUGAACAACAAGCGGAAAGAAUAGCAGAUUUGGCAAAUUGUACUCUGGAAACAGCAAAAGAAAUUAUAGAAUCUAGACCAUUUCAGAACAUUGAUUCAGUAAAAGCAAUUCGAAGUAAAGAACAUAAAAAAGAUGUAAAAGAUAAACGAAAAGAAAAAAAAACUAUAGGCACAAAAAUUUUAGAAACAUGUCUAGAAAUGAUGGAAGGUUAUAAAGCAAUAGAUUCUCUUAUUUCUAAAUGCAAUGAAUUAGGAAAAUCUAUUUCUAAAUCAUUAUUAGGCUGGGGGUUGGAAAUCGUUUCAGAAAAUGGAGAACUUAGUAUUGGUUGCGAUGAUAUAGAUAAGAUUCAUACAAUAAAUGAUCAUGAAUAUAUAAACCAACAACCAAGUCUUGUUCCAGACACAAUUAAACUAAAACGUUAUCAGCUCUUUGGUGUAAACUGGUUAAAUCUUUUGUAUAGAAAAAAGUUAUCCGGGAUACUAGCAGAUGAAAUGGGGCUCGGAAAAACAUGUCAAAUAAUAGCAUUUUUUGCAUAUUUAUUAGAAUUAGGAAAAGUAGGACCUCAUCUUAUUGUUGUUCCUGCAUCUACACUUGAAAAUUGGCUUCGUGAAUUAGCAAAGUUCUGCCCUGCUCUUAAAGUCGAACCUUAUUAUGGCACUCAAAAUGAACGAUUAGAUAUAAGGUACCAUUUAGAAGAGAAUCCUGAUUAUAAUAUAAUAAUUACUACAUAUCAGUUAGCUACUGGAAACAAAGAAGAUAGAGUGUUUCUUAGACGUCAAAAGUUCGAUGUUUGUGUAUAUGAUGAAGGUCAUUUCCUUAAAAAUAGCCUAUCCGAACGAUAUAAACAUUUAAUGAAUAUUAAUGCCAAUUUUCGUCUUCUUCUUACAGGAACGCCUUUACAAAAUAAUUUAAAAGAAUUAAUUUCUCUUUUAUUUUUUAUUUUACCAAAAUUGUUUUCAGAAAAUAUUGAAAAGUUAACUACUGUUUUUAAAACAAAGACAAUUAAUGAUAACAAUAUGGAGUCAACUUUACUUUCGCAGCAACGCAUUAUGUGCGCAAAGUCAAUGAUGACACCUUUUGUCUUAAGAAGAAAAAAAAUACAUGUAUUAAAUGAUCUUCCAAAAAAAAUUCAACGUGUUGAAUUUUGUGAAAUGAACCAAGAACAACAAAGUAUCUAUAAUGAAUGCAUUUCUAACCAAAAGAAAUCAAUGGAAACAAAAGAUGAAGAAGUUGAUUCUAAAAUAGACAAAAAACGGCCAUUUAAUGUUCUUAUGCAACUUAGAAAAGCAGCGAAUCAUCCUUUACUAUUCCGUCGAAUUUAUAAUAACAAUAUGCUUAAAAAAAUCGCAAAAAAUAUAAUAAAGGAACCAGAAUAUCACAAUUCUAAUCAAAAAUAUAUUUAUGAGGAUAUGGAAGUAAUGACUGAUUUUGAAUUACAUCAAUUAUGUAAAAAAUAUCCAUCUAUACAUUCAUUUGCUUUAAAGGGAACACCGUGGAUGAAUUGUGGAAAAGUAGAAAAGCUUAAAAAUUUACUUAUAGAGAAAAAAGAAAGGGGGGAUAAAGUUUUAUUAUUUUCUCAAUUUGUAGAAACCUUAAAUAUUUUGGAAGAAGUGUUAGAAACGUUAAAUAUAGCAUUUACUCGUUUAGAUGGAAGAACAUCCGUAGACACACGCCAAGACAUCAUUGAUCAGUUUACUGAUGAAAUAGAUAUAACCGUUUUUCUUCUUUCUACAAAAGCAGGUAACAAAAUCAUUUUAUAUCAAUUUAUUUUACAUUCAUCUUCAGGCGGGUUUGGCAUAAACCUUUCUUGUGCUAAUGUCGUCAUACUUUAUGAUGGAUCUUUUAACCCUCAUGAUGAUAGACAAGCUGAAGAUAGAGCACAUCGUGUUGGCCAAACACGAGAAGUUGAAGUAAUUCGUCUGGUUACAAAAAACACUAUCGAAGAAUACAUACAAUCACUAGCAAAUACAAAGCUCACAUUAGAUUCAAGAGUAAGCGGUUUAGAUGAUGAAAGAAUAGAAUUAAAGGCAGAAAUGUUUGUUAAACAUUUACUUGAAAAUCCUUCACAUCAAUCGGAACUCUGUACAUAA